AUGUCGGUCAUAAUUGGCGCCCUCGGCUCUGUAAUCGGUUAUCUAGGCGCCGAAGCUUCAACAGAGUCCUUCUUCGAACGCCUUCUCUGGCCGCAGCGGUUCUACAACGACGCAGACCUGUAUGUAUUGAUCAGACUUGCCUUUUUCCUGCCCAUGUCGGGGCCCCUUCACGGGGCGGCACUUGAGUCCCUCGACACGUUCCGCAAUAAUGGAUUGUACCUUGGCAUGCGGCGAGGCGACAUGCUGGGGACCACGUUUUACCACGAUCUAGGGGCUAAGUACUAUCAUCUGACGGGUAAGAAUACAGAUCAAAGGGAUAAUGCGAAGGAUUCGAGAAAUGGGUUCUGGGUACAGGUUCUGAGAGAAGUUUCAUGCCGGAAUCGGGAUGUGCACUUAGCAGUACAGGAUCCGGAAGACCCUGCGGUGGAUCAGAUUCCGCCGUACCGUGCGAUGCAGCUGGUCCAUCACCUUAAGUUGCGUUACGCAAGAAAUGCGGAUCACGCUGGCCAGGGUUCUGUUGAAAUCGCCGAGGCAAGUGUCACUUGGAGGACGGUCUUGGGAACUGUCCUAAGCGAGCUUUCCUCGAUUGUCAUCGCGAUCACGGCAGCUGCUGCAAAGCCUUUCAAAACAUAUUGGUUAGCAGGUUAUAUGCUUGUACCAUUGGCUCUGAAGCUUGUGGCUCUGCUCACAUGCGUCCGCCGAUACUCGAUACUCGACGAACAGGAGGCUGGCGACCAUCAAGGAUUCGAAGACGAGCUGUACGAAAGCGAUGAUCCCACGCAUGGUUUCGCCAUAAUCCAAGGACCGCCGAGAGCGGUCCUGCAGUUCUUCAGGCAUUAUGGGCAUCCAGUAAGGGAUAGUGGGGCGGCGGGCCGAAGGGACCGGAUGAGGGAGGUCCUGUCAAUGGCUCUCAUUUACCUCUUCAUGCUCUAUUUUCCGGCUGGGCUAAUCAGCUCUCUGUGGAUGCCGAACAACACACAGUUUCUUUGGCUCAGCUUCCAGGUCUACACGAUUGUAACAAUGCACGCUGUCCGAAUCGUUGGUUGGGACAAUUGUGGGAGGACCGAGGCGCGCGUUGCGAGACAUCUGGAACGGAAUGAACAAGUCUGGCUGCGACGCCCAGAUGGGCUAGGAAUAAUUGCUUCUUUGGAAACAAAGGAUUUUCCUAACGUCGCCAGUGCGAAGCGGGAGGUUGAUGUAAUCAUUCAGGGCUAUUUCCGGCAUCAUGACAUGGACGGCACGAAUAACGUAGCGCAGGGCAAGCAAGGGAUCGAGCGACGGGUCGAAGGUCUCAAGAAAUCAGAGGCGAAACAGGCCUUCAAAAAGGGUCAAGAAGAGGAAGUGGCGAAGGAGCAAGAGGCGAGACGUGGGGUUGACGAUUCUGGGUCCUGA